UUGUUAAGUAGGAUAUCCUGUUGAAUAGAGAAGCAACUUCCCUUUUAGCUCCUGCUGUGAAGUGAACAAAGGCUGAAAGACAGCAUGUCUCCCUUUAAGGACUUGAAAUUGGCUUUGGAAGUGCUGAACCAAGAGGGCACUUAUUCCGAAGGAGAUACUGUUAUAGGCACUCUUUCUUUCUCUCUGAAGAGUGACACCAAAGUGAAGAGCAUUUCAGUGAAGGCUAAAGGGGAUGCCAACGUGCAUUGGACGGAAGGAAUUGGGGAAGAUGAGGAGACCUACUCUGCGCACGAGAGAUAUUUUAAAAUCAAAGAGUACUUGGUUGCAAAAAGUCCUGGAGGCACUGUGCUCCCCCAAGGGGCCCAUAAUAUCAAUUUCACACUUAAAAUCCCUCAGGGGGGAAUGCCAUCGUCCUUCAAAGGGAAAAAUGGAAAAAUUGUUUACAUGGUGGAAGCAAAAAUUUCCAGGAGCUGGCGAUGGCCUUCAUCAGUUACAACAGAGAUCAAGUUUGAUUCAAAGUCUUUUCCACCAAUUCAUCAAGCCAUGCAUCCAUUAAAUGGUUCUGUGGAUAAAGAGUUGGGAACUUUCUCCAAAGGACAGCUCCAAAUGACUGCUUCGGUUAGCCGAGGAGUUUGCUUUCCAGGUGAAACGUUGUCUGCUUAUGCCAGAAUCUGCAACUCCUCUUCAAAAUCUGUGAAGCCCAAAUUCAGUUUGCACCACAAGAUUGUGUACAGAGUCAAAAAGGCCACCAUGACCAGUGAUAAAGUCAUAUUUAAAAUGGUUGGAGACCCAAUCACUCCAAGGUCAGAGGUGACGGUUCCCUGUGCAGUGAAGAUUCCUGGCGAUGCUGUCUACACUCUCCAUAACUGUCAAAUCAUCUCAGUUGAAUAUUACCUCAAGGUGUAUUUGGACGUCAGCUUUGCUUUCGAUCCAGAGGUGGUGUUUCCGCUCCUUGUUGUUCCGUCGAACCUUGUCCAUGCUCGGCUCAAUGAGGAAGUGGGGCACAUCUGAUCCUGCAGGAGCUCCAAGUGACAGCAACUUCAAGCCCUCUGUACCCAGUCACAGAUCCCACUCAGCAUUCAAUCAUAUAUCAUAUUAAGUGGGGUGUUUUUUGUAAUCGAUGGUGACAAACUCUGAAUGGUUAUUGCUUUUGAACUUCCACUUCUUCACAGUUUGUUUUUUGUUCAUGCACGCUUGCAAGUCUCUGUGUUUGCUUUGGGAUGAAUUGGUGGUCCCCUGUGAAGCUGAGAACCUGUCAUAAAUGAUCAAAGCACUGUUUCAGUGGCAAAAGUACAGUUACAAGUACAGAAAAGUGGAUUUCUGUCCUUAAAGAAGGAAUUCCCCAUCCCUCUGUUCAUGUGUCUCUAUGAUGGAUGGUCAAGCAGAAGCUGUAUGAAGUGUUGGUGCCUCCCACAUGCUGUUGUGUCGAAACGGAAAGAACCACAAACUGUUUCCUGCCCUGAGGUGGGAUUUUUUUGUGGUCUCUAAUGCUAUGUCAAUAACUACAAGCAAACACAGGAUGAGUUUAACAUGUCUGUGCAGCGAACUUUACAUUUCUCAUCGUUCCAUGUUGAAUGAAAUUGAGCCUCUCCAAAAACUUUUUUUUUUAAAUGUCUUUUAACUAAAGUGACUUACGUAAAAUAGGACAAAUGUAUGUAGAAACCAUGCAAUGAACAUCUAACUGCAGCAAAAAUACAAUACAGACUCUUGGAAGAUGAAGAAAAUACUACGAAAGUGAACCUGUUCCAUCUUUUCAAGUGAAGUUUCCAAUUUGAUCUCCCCAAUGUGGCAUUAUUAUAUUUAUCCCAGUAAGAAGUGGGAACUUUCCCUCCUCUCAGUUGCUCAUGAGUGCAUCAUGAGAUAAUUCCUUAAUUUUUCAUGUCAGUGGGUUUUAUCUAAUUAAAUUCAUAUUGAAUUGGCUUGUUUUUCAUCGUGCUAAUCAGUCAGAUCAGCCACACAAUGUGUGCUGCUUGUUUAAAAUCUUCAAACUGAAGAUGCCAUAAUUGUUUCAAAGUUCCACUAUUACAGCUGAUGGCUUUGCUCUGCAGAUUCUUGUAAUAAACAUCAUCACUACUUGGAAUGAAGCAACAGUUGCUGUUCUUUUCAGAUGUUUUGUGUGUAGGUUGAGCCUGUGUGAGUCAGAUUCUCCCAGAAGAUUCUGUUUGAGGAACGUAAUCUUUUAUUUUGAUUGGAAGUGUCAAAGUGAAGGAGGUGGACAAAAAAUAAUUCUAUGUCCAACACUACUUUUCAUCAAAAAUGCAACAGGCGAGCCAGAGAAUGAUUUCUUAAUUUCCUAAAGAUUUGUGAUUCCCUACAGGCUGCAUUGUGAGCAGAUCUAUUGUGUUCACAAACAAAGGGAGCAGACAUCGAAGCACUGUUGAAUCUAAUUCAGCCAUGAAGUAUCCAAAUAGGAGGAAGUGAUUACUUCCUCUAAAAUGAAGCACUCUUCCUUUACCACAUAGUGCUUUGUAUGCAAAAAAAAAAGAAAAAAGAAAUGUAUGGGAAACCCACUUCAUGAGGAACUUGAAAACAAUUUACAGUUUUGUUUUGUUUUUUUGUUUUUUUAAUUGAAUGUUUCUUUUUAAUCUGUGAGAUAGAAUCAAAGUGGGGAAAAAAAGUAUCAACAGCGUCACACUUGAAAAAGCAACUGCAUAAAAAUGAUUAUCAUUUCAGUAUCCUGACUUUCAUCAAUUCACCUUGUUGACAUUUUGUCAAAGCAUCUUAUUUGCUGUGAACUACCUGGUGGGUCUCUAGUUUUUAGAGACUUGUUCUGUUUGUUUUAUACAACAUACAUCGCAGAGAAUGGAGUCCAUGAGUGGAAGUACUGGAUUCAAAAUACAGUCUGAUGCACGGUGUCUGAUGAACUAUUUGGUUUAAAUGUAUUGCUGAUCUGGAUUAAAAAUGUAUGUAAGAAUGGUAAGAUGACCUUUUCAUUGUGAGAUUGUGGGAUGAUAAAUCUUGACAUGAAGAAUCACAACACCACACAUUUAACUUCUGUAAAUUUUACAAUAAACGUUUUCAGUGAGCUCUUAAAAAUAUGUUUUAAAAAAUGUGACCAUUGUGGAAUAGCCAUACAUUGUUGACUGUUCUCAACUCAAGGAUAAAGUCAGUGUUAAAAUACAAUAAAGUACACUUUUUAUUCACCAGGG